AAGGAAAGAAAAAGAAGAAGCAUAACGAAAAGGAUGAAGUCGUGCCUGGUGAAACUGGUGCCUGGACGUCGUAUAGAUCUGGAGCCUAAUCAUCGUCAUCGUCAUCAAUGAUUACAUCGAAUUUCGGCAAUUAUUGUAAUAAAAACUUGUCAAUUGCUCGAUCCAAAUGCAGACGCAUCGCCAGCGAGAGGAGUUGGAUUCCGAGGAGAUAAGAACAGCUUCCGACGACGAGGACAGCGACGAAGACAACGAAGACGAAGAAGAGAACGAGCCAAUCGUCAUUCGCUGCAGAAUCUGCGCCCAAGUCCUGCCGGCUGACUCGCUCGACGCGGCGAUCUGCCUUUUCGAUGAGAAAAAUGAAGAGAAGGAAGAGGACGAGGCGAAAAAGGAGUGCAGCGAUCUUCAAAGUCGCAUUCUCAAGUACCUACACAUAAGGAUAUCUCCCGACGACCGACUGACGAAAAUGGUCUGCGCGACUUGCGUCGAUAAGCUCGAGAUGAUACACGACUUCGCCACCAAGGCUCUGGAGAGUCAGGAGAAGCUACGCGCCGAAUUGUCCUCCAAGAGAUCUUCGGCGAGUUCGCAGCAGCAAGUGGACGAUCGGCCGACGACCGACGACGAUUACCUCCACGUCGCGCGACAGGAUAAUAAAAACUUGUUACACACGAUGUUGACCCAGAAGCUGAAAGGGGCCAAGAACAAGAAGAAGGAAGAAGCUGAGGAGGCUGCUCCGAAAAAUCGCCAAAGAACCCCGAGUACCGAAGAGAUGGAGGUGAAGAUCGAUCCCAUGUUGUUUCUCCAGUGUGCCCUGGAGUGCUCUCUAUCCGACGAGAAUUCCGAACUAUCUAAUGAUUAUUCGUCAGAGCGGCGAGAAGCAGAAACAGCGACCGACAAUCAUCAUCGAGCUUUCGCGAUCGGGCCAACGAGCAAGAAAAAGGCCUGCCGUGGUAUCGAUAAGAAGAGCAAUUUUCUUGAUGUCGACGACGACGAUGACGACGACGAGAAAAAUUUCGACAGCAUCGAGGAGAUCGUCGACGACAGCGGCGACGAUCGCAACUCAUCGUCGAGAUCGGCCGAUCGUCGACAACACGUCUGCAAGGUCUGCGCAAAGUCCUACGGCUCGCAGCUGGCCCUGCAGAAUCAUCUCUGGUCGCAUCUGCCCACGGACCAGAAGGACAUCGAGCAUCGUCAUAAUCGUCAACAUCGUCGCUUCGCCGACGUCGUCAACGGAUCGUCGCAGUCGUCGCUACCACAGCCUCGUGGCUCCGACGACGACGAAUUAUUAGCCAGCGGCGCACGAAUUCUAGAUACCGCGAACGAGACGGACUGCUUCAUCUGUCCGAUUUGCGGAAAAAAGAUCUCCACCAAGGGAAAUUUAAAGGUACAUCUGGAGACGCACAGGCCUAAGGGAAAGCACGGCUGCGACAUCUGCGGCAGGAUCUUCAAGACGCAAUCGAAUCUGUUCCGUCACAAGGAGUACCACAGCGGCGUGCAGUUCCCCUGCUCGGUCUGCGGCCGCGUCUACCCGACCAACUCGACUCUGCGCGCCCACAGCAUCACCCACUCGGACCUGCGCCCGCACGCCUGUCCGCUCUGCGACAAGACCUUCAAGCGCAAUCAGGAUCUCAAGUUUCACAUCAAUCAGCACACCGGGGCGCGUCCCUAUCGCUGCCCCUACUGCCCCAAGGCGUUCGCCAGCUCGGGCAACUGUUUCUCGCAUCGCAAGCGCAUGCAUCCGCGCGAGGUCAAUCGGGAUCGGCAGCGAGCCGCCGAUCUCAUGAGAUGAGCCGAGCUGGCGGCCCGCGAGACAUCGACCCGUUGAGCAGGAGUAAAACAGCUCGUGGACCAUCAGUGAUAGAAAAUAAUUAAGCAACGACGAUUUUCAUAUCUGUGUGUAACGAAAGGAUAGCCACCCUGUGAUAAUUUAAUUACUUCGUACUACAUACUUCUCUUGUAUUUAAUAGAAAAACCUUCCAAUAUGUCUGGACCAUUUUCCUAUAUCUAUUGUAUAGAAAAACGGGAAUAGAUGAACAAGCAUGUGAUGUACAAUUAAUGUUAGGUAAUUAGCUAAAUACAUAAAUGAAAUUGGCGUUUAAGCGAACAAUUAUCGAUACAGUCGUAUUGAUUAUUAACUUGUAGGACUGUACAUAAAUACUUUUCGAAAAUCACAAUACGAGCUUUCAACGGCGAAACAUAUCGUUGUCGUUUAUUUAUAUAGAAAAACAAAUGUUUUGUAAAAUCAGAAAAUCUCGCGCAGACUGUAAAUUAAACGUUGUACGUGUAAUCUUUGUGUACUCGCGAAACUGCGGUGCAAAUAAUGGCACGACUUAAUUAAUGAGAGAGAAAAGUAACAUUUGCUUUUUAAUGCAUUGUCCUUCGUGAUGAAUGUAGGCAAUUUUGUAUAAUGUACAAGCGGCCAAUUAAAAAUUUUUAAAUUAUUUUACUCGCAUUCGUUGAAAAAACUUCCCGAGGAUAUGAAAGAAAAAUUAUCAAGCAGAAGAAAUUAAUUAAAACGUGAUAUAAAAAAUAUAUAGUAUUUAAUGUCCGAGAGUGAACUCGUUACAAGCACAUAAACGUAUAAUUAUAUUUAUUACAAUGUAUAAUGUUUUUAUAAAUAAUAUUCUUCGUCGAUAGUUUAUUAAUCAUAAUCAAGGCUGUAAAAGCAAAAAUAACAACAAAGUUUACUCGAGAAGAGAAUACAUUCCUUCAAAAAUCGUCACUCAUAAUAUUGUACACCGGUGUGCGUUUGCAAAGAUUAUUUAUUAUCGUAAAAAUGGUUUUUACUUGCGUACAGGUUUUAUCGUUGGUUCGUAUAAUAUUAUACAUGAAAAUAUAUUACGUUGUUUACUCGCUGAUAUCGCGGCUCGCAAAAGUUCACCGAUUAUUGAAUUAACCGAUAGUCGUUAUGUGCGUAUGUCUAUAAUAACGAUGGCAAAAUCAGCGAUCAAUAAUACAUAUUAUAACAAUAUAAAUAUAUCUAUUAGUAUACAGAGACAAAGCGGAGUAUGCGAUUGUGAUUUUAUUUGAAAACUACACGACGACAAUGGGGAGUCCAGGAGAAA